UAUAUUUCCUUCUACCACACGGCAUGUUCGUUAGGUUACGGGUUUAAACUUGAUCAUUGCCGUUUAAUGCAACUUUUUUUGAUCAUUGCCGUUUAAUGCAACUUUUUUCUUUCUUUACUCCAGCUUAUAACUAAAAAAUGUAUUGAUAAAAAAAAGUACGGAAACAAAUAACUUGUAACUUAUCCCUAGUAAGACUUUCAAAAAACUUAUCCCUAUUAACACUUUCAAAAAACUUAUCCCUAGUAACCCUCUUUCAAUUAAAAAAAAACUUGUCCUAGUAUAAAAAUUACAUCUUUUAAAAAGGUAUGAAAACUUUAUAAAGUUAAAUAUAAAUAAUAUUCGGGUUGGGACUGUGAAGAGAAAAUAUGUUCUUUCAUAUUCGCUCUUUUUUCAUAUUCACUCUUGGUAUUGCAUUGUCUCUCGUUUUGGUUUAAUCAUAAGCGUUUAUUGUUUUUUUUUUUUUCAUUUUUGUUAAUUGUUCUCAUAUUUUAACAAAUAAAUAAAGUUGAAAGGAAAGAAAUAAAUAAAGUUGAAAGUUGAAAAACAAGUAAAGCAAUUCGAAAAAGGGAGAUGAAUGAGCUGGCCACUACUUCUCGGAAUGUAACUUCACUGGCUGUUACAUCAUUUAUUUACAACUUUCACACGGUUUGAUACUUUGGUUGAUUGUAAAAUAUCAAACCUUCUUAAAGUUGAACGUUUAGCACUUUACUUAAAUAAAAAAGCUACCAUGCAUGCAGACAUAUAGAACACGAUUAAUCGACCUACACGCUAAACACUGUUCGAACACCUAAUGUGCGCCUAGCAGAAUUUAAACAUUGUGAAAUACUAACUCUUAAUCGUUUUUUUUUUCCUUUUACUUAUGAAUUUUCAUUAUCACUUUUUCGACCUAGCUUUUUCAAAUGUUUCUUUCUAUUUUUUUCUCUUUUUCUUGACUAUUAAGCAACCCGUCGACUUUAAUAUGAUUUUAGUGGAUAAAUCUAUUACAUUUACUUUUAUAAAAAGCUGAUAACCUGUAUUGCAUAUUGAUAUACAAAUUGAAUUUUAAGCUACUUUAUGAUAUAUAAAUAACAGAUGAGUAGCUUUCAUCAGUCGUAUAAAGUAUGAUAUUUCAUGUUAGCCUGCACGCUCACGGCACAUGGGUUUGUAUAGCCUUUAGAGUGUUCUCUCAAGUUGUAGAAUGUUUUGACUAAUGGUCCGACCUUAUCCCAUUCAUAAUAUCGAAUUUGCUUUUCGUUGUUCACUGAUCAACAACUUUAAAUAAAAACCAUUUACCAUGGAAGCAAGUCUUAAUGUACAACCUUUUAUAAAUCAAUAAGUUAUAGAUUUUACAACUCAUACUAUCGGUCCCGGCCGGCCCGGGACCAAAACAAGUUAUAUAGUCACUGAUUCUUUAACUUUUGUCUGCGUUUGGGUAUCAUGUAUGUUUCUAAAAAACAGAAAUUAUGCUGUACAAGAUAUUUAUGUGUGUGUUUGAUCGGAGUUUCUUCUGUUUUGAUCUAAGAUUAGUCCUAAUAUAGUAAGGAAUCUUCUGUAAGAACAUAUAUCCAAUACUGUAACAUUCUGUAAUGAGAGUAAGGAAUCUUCUAAUCAUUUAGAGCCGUUAAUGGCCUUGGAAGUUCUUAGAAAGAUCUAAGAUUCUUAAUUCAAUUCUCGAGAAUAAUAUUUUAGUAAUACUUCUUGAUAGUGCUCAAAAUGGAGGAAAGUGGAAAUGCGAUCAAGAAAAAGAGAGAAGAAACUCUAAUGUUAUUUAAAGUAGAAACAAGAAACAAUAGAAAGGUGAAUGCAUCUAAGGUCGUUAGCAAGGAAGGGCCAUUUAAAAUACUCUUAACGACAAAAAUGUUAGUAGGUUUCUGAUGUGUAAAACGGUCUUAAAGACAUUUUUGAAAAAGACUUCCAAAUAAGGUUGUAUUUGACGGAAUUUUUUUUUAUUUUUCUAAGAAAACAAAAUACUUAUUUUUUUUUUAUAAAAAGAGAGGAAAAAGAAAAAAGAAAUAAAGAGCCGCCAGAUUAGGACAGUCCCUCUCUUACCAUUUAAGCAAAACUUUAAGAGACCACGCUUGAGAAUGAGUCCCAUGAGUCAUGGAAAAUCCAAAAGCAGUGUGUUACUAGAUUCUAGGUUCAUUUCGGUUUAUUUAGUUAUGGAUUUUUCAGUUUCAUUUCAAUUGGAUUGGACCAUGCAUUUUAUUUUCCCUAUUAGUGUCUCUACAUCUACUUUUAUAGUUUUGCUUUCAACAUAUACUGAUGAAUUUUACCAAAAAAAAACAUAUAAUGAUGAAUGUAAAUAAUACAAAAUUCACAAACUUUGACUUUUAACUCUGUUUCCAGCAUAUUUAUUCACAAAAGGUUAAAUAGCACUGAAGAAAUGUUCAAGAAAAUCUAUCAAAUGUGCACCAUGUUUAUCAAUAAGUUUCUACACAUUUGAUCUAUGAUUAAAUGCAUGCUUCUCUGUGGGAAAAAAACAUAUACUCAAAACUAAAAAGUAUUGUCAAGCAAAUCAUAAAGUAAAUUAUGGUCAAAAGACUUUCUCAAAACUAUAUUUGUUCAAAGCUGAAAGAGCUAUUAGACAAAAAAUGUAUGUUCAACUCUAUGAAAAUCAACAACAAAAAGUCGCAAAAGCAUUUUAUCACUUUUAAAUUCAAUUUUAUAAAGUUACUCGAAAAUUGAAAUCAAGAAUAAAUCCACCGAAAAAAUAAAACAAACAUAUAUAGUAAUAAUAGCAAUAAAAUAAGCGUAGCCAAUAAUUCAUAGCUCGUCUAUAAAUAAAGAGAUUCAAACCCACAGAAUCAAGCACUCCCACUCUCCUCUUCUUCGAUAACCCACUCAAUUCAUUCUCGCUCUAAAAUAUUUCGUGUUCCUUUCACUUACUUCACUCACUCUCUCUCUCUAGAACAAUGGGCAUCGUUGAUGACAAUAGCAAGACACUAUGGGAAAACAUGACCCAUGGACCUUCUUCACGUUACGCACUUAACGGCAAGAUCAUGCUCGCUUCCGUGAUCAUCCUCUUCGUCGCCGUCAUUCUUAUCCUCUGUUUCCACAGCUACGCCAGAUGGUUAUUCCGUCGUCAAAACCGCCGUAUUCGCCGCCGUAUCAGUGCUCACCUCCGAUCUCUGUCCGCCGCUCGAGACCCCACUCAAUCCUCCUCCCUAUCUCCUCUCGAUCCGACGGUGCUCGAGAAAAUCCCGAUCUUCGUCUAUUCCGCUAAAACCCAUAAAUCUCCGCCCGAGGAUUGCUCCGUUUGCUUGUCGGAAUUUGAAGAAGAAGACGAAGGACGUGUCCUUCCGAAAUGUGGCCACGUGUUCCAUGUUGAUUGUAUUGACACGUGGUUCCGGUCGAGAUCUAGCUGUCCGCUUUGCAGAGCUCCGGUUCAACCCGAGGAGUCGGUUACUGAAUCCGGUUUGAGGAAUUCAGAACCGGUUGCUCCCGUGUUUCAAUCGGUUAAGCCAAUUGAGGAUACCGAAGCUGGAAGCUCGUCUUCAUCGGACGAAUCAGAAUCCUCGACGCCGUCUUCGUCCUCUGGUUCGCCGGUGAGGUUUCCGACGGAAGAGUGUGGGAGGGAACCGAUUGAUUUAGUCGGUAUAGUUGUUGAGAUACCCAGAGAAUUUGACGCUUCUAACUCGGGUCUACCCGGAGAUGACGGAUUGAAUAAUCGGGGUUUAUUGAGAGGCUAUGGAGUAUUUGAUUAUUCAAAAAGAAUAUUCGGAUACUAAAGAAUCCGACCCGGUAAUCCGGGGAACCCAGAACCGUGUGGGCAAGAAUUCGGAGUCUUCAUGUAACCGACAGGUGUUACGGCGGGGGUGGAGACACGUGGCUUUUUAGUGUCCACGCGGCGAUCAGUGCCAGAUCCUUGGGACGUUUCCUUUACGAAGAGACGGCGUUUGAAAAAAUGAACGAAAAAAAAGUAACGGAGCUAUUCUGUAAUGUAAAAUACGUACGGUGUCGUUUAGGUAGAGAAGCAAAAGCUCACCCACCUAAACGAUUCUCUUUGUUCUUUUGUAAUCUCUUAAAUGGUUUGUUACAUAAAUGUAACUAAAAUAAUUGAAACAAAUCGACGGUUCUGAAAAUA